AUGUCAGCAGAUCUCGUUAUUGUUGAAUAUGAAGAUGUCACCUGUCCCGAAGCCGACCUAAGCGAGGCUGUCUACAAGGCCUUCGGACCGGACGGUAUUGGUGCGAUUGGCAUUAGGGGAGUUCCCCACUGGGAGGAGCUUUGGCGCUCCGUCUUACCCCUAUCUCACAAGUUGGCGACUCUACCUCCGUCGAAGCUCCAAGCCUUAGAACAUGAACCUAGUAUGUACAAUGUGGGAUGGUCCCACGGUAAGGAGAAACUCGGUGAUAAGCCUGAUCUCGCUAAGGGCAGCUUCUACUUCAACCCCCUCACCGACGAUCCUCUGCCAGAGCUGCGGGAGGCCUUUCCAUGGGCUGUCCCCAAGAACCUAUGGCCGGCCGAAACAGAUAUUCCUGAUAUGCGAGGAAGGUGUAGAGCAUUGGGUUGUACUAUGUACGAUAUGGCUAAGGCCCUGUCGAGGCACGUCGAUCUGUUGGCCACCUCUCGAGUCAAUGGUUAUGCUCCUAACACUCUCUAUAAGGAGAUGUCUAAAACACAGAAGGCUAAGGGGAGAUUACUCUAUUACUUCCCCACGGAGUCUCAAGCGGAGAUGCAUGGAUCGGCUGGCACAACGAUUCUGGCUUCCUUACUUGCCUUACUCCUGAUAUUUACGUAA